CUCACAUGGAACCUGUUUCAAGGCUCAGCCAUGAUCCUCUUCCGAAAGUAAUCACCACCAACACCUUGCCUUCCGGUACUCUCCUCUCAAAGCAUCUCCACUCAACCCUUUUGGAGCUAGCAAGGGUUUCUGCUCUUCUACUUGUGAUUUCCAUUGAAGUUCUUUCCUUUCUACGAGAAUGGAACCCCAUCUUCCAUCUCUUCUCACUCUCUUGUUUCUUUCUGUUUUUCAUUGUCAAGCCUCUCCUCUCAAAGCCUCAUAUCUACAUUGUAGACUUCUCAUGUUUCAAACCGCCAAACUUUUGCAGGGUUCCCACUUCAUCCUUCCUUGAACAUUCCUCCAUGAUUCAGCCCUUUGACAGAAAAAGCAUAGAUUUCAUGGCCAAACUCCUCAAAUCUUCGGGACUAGGUGAACAGACCCAUCUCUCUCCAGCUUUAUGCUACAUUCCACCCAUUGCCCAUCUCCAAGAAUUCAUCAAAGAAGCCCACAUGGUACUGUUCCCUGUAAUGGAAGAUCUGCUGUCCAAGACUAAACUCUCUCCCCGAGAUAUCGAUAUACUAAUCAUAAACUGUAGUAGUCUUUGCUCGUCUCCUUCCCUCUCCUCCAUUAUCAUCAACAAAUACUCCAUGAGAGAUGAUAUUAAGAGCUUUAAUCUCUCAGGCAUGGGGUGCAGUGCUGGAAUUCUUAGCACCCAUUUGGCUCAAAAUCUAUUGAAAGUUCACAAGAAUUCUUACGCCAUUGUUCUUAGCACAGAGAUCACAUCGGCUGGUUGGUACGCUGGUAACGAUAGGUCUAAGUUGCUAGUCAAUUGUAUCUUUCGAAUGGGAGGUGCAGCAAUAUUGCUUACAAAUAAGGAAGAAAUGAGAAAAACAUCCAAGUAUAGGCUACUUCAGACGGUGAGAAUACAGAGAGCAUUUGACGACAGAGCUUAUCUUGCAACAGUUCGCGAAGAGGACUCAAAUGGAGCCCUUGGGGUGUCAGUCAGCCACGACUUAGUGCAAGUAGUUGCAGAAACUGUUCGAUCGAAUAUCGCUAUCCUCGGCUCAUGCAUCUUGCCAUUCUUGGAGAAAUUCAAGUGUGGAGUAUCCAUGUUCCGGAAGAGAUAUAUUAGCAAAUCUGCAGAAGUUUACGUGCCGGAUUUUAAGAAAGUGAUACAGCAUUUUGUUCUGCCAGCUUCAGGGAGGUCUUGGAUUAGAGAGAUAGGAAAAGGGUUGAAGCUUGGCAAGAGAGACACGGAGGCUUCUCUGAUGACAUUGCGAAGGUUCGGGAACCAGUCUUCAUCUUCAUCCUGGUAUGUAUUAGCUUAUCUGGAGGCCAAGGAGAGGAUGAAGAAGGGUGACAAGGUGUGGCAGCUUGGAAUUGGAAGUGGGCCUAAGUGCAUUAGUUUUGUCUGGGAGUGUAAUAGGCCCAUUGUUGGGGAGUCCAUGAAGGGCCCAUGGGCUGAUUGUAUCGAUGAAUAUCCAGUCCUUUUUGAGGAUGAAGACAAAUGAUAAUGGUCAGGAUUAUGAUCCUGUCAAACGCAAGUUCUUUUGGGGUUCUGCAAGUGGUGGGAUUUAUAUUUUUACUGAAAAGUGGAAAACAGCCACCAGGUAGAAAGUAUCUUUUAAUAUUUAUAAGAGCCUUGGGGACCUAGUCUUCAAGUACUCAUGCAUUGUGUGUUGUACCUUGGUAUUGCUUAUUUGAAUUUUCAUGGGUUAUUUGAUUAGAAGGGUGAAAAUACAAAUUGGGAAGAAUGAAAU